AUGCUCGACGUUAGCUGUGAGAGCAUUUUGUUUGAUGAAGUGGCGGUUAAUGAUAUUCCGACUUAUCGUCCUGUUCAGGUGAGGAACACGACCGAAUCUCCACUGCUUGUGCAGUUUACCACAACUAGCCCAGUCGUUCAAUUUCAGCUUCGCAAUGAAAACUACGAAGCAAUCAAGCGCACAGGCUUUGCUGAUACUCUUUCCGUAUACAACGAAGCAUUUGAUCUGGUGGGCCUCAUCUCGUCUGUUGAAUUGGCACCUUUUGAGGAAAAGGACCUCAUUGUUUGGUUCCGUGCUAAUACGACCACAUUUUCACACCUCGUGAAAGGCUCGCAGCCUGUUCCAUACACCGGGUCGCUGCAGCUCACUGUAGUGGACCUAGCACUGGCGCCUCCUCUCGGCAAUGCACCUAGCAAAGGAGGAGAGAACCGGGUAGUAGAGCAGCAGUCGGCUGCCGCCUGCAUCGCAAUACCGUUUCGAGCGAACGUUUACAUCUCCUGCUUGGAACUGUCGUCCACUGAGCUGAACAUCACAAUGGCGCCAAACAAAACUCAGGUAGCUGACUUUGUUGUCACUAACACGUCCUGCCAGCCUGUGUACUUUGUCAUUCGCGACCAAGCUAUGCCGCUGCGUGGUCUCGAUGUUGCAUUGUACGAGUCUGAUAAGUUUGAAGAGCCAAAGCUAGGUCAUAGGCUUUUGCUGGACAGCUACUCAUAUAUGACUUUCUCUUUGAUGCUGCGGUCUUCCAUGGCUAGUUCGACUGCGCAGCAACAGUACCACGCUGUUUUUCAGUGCGACAACCUGCGCGAUAGUCGCAAUACAGCGUUUCUCUACGUGAGUGUCAACGUGGUGGCGGAAUCGCAAGGCGAUCUGGUUGCCUUUCACGACACGUCCGUCAAUUUCGGAGACGUAUAUCGAGGCACUAAAGCGACAGCGAUUAUACACAUUGAAAGUCUUGAUCGCGUGGAGGCGGUACUGCGGCUUGGUGAUGUCGAUCGUAGAAAAUGCGAAGGAAGAGUGUCACUAAUGAAGGAUGACGUUGCUGUUGACGAGCUGGCAGUGGGCUCAAAGAAAGGGAAUCAACUCAACACCGUCACGCUCAUGUACCAGCCUUCUUACGACGGCGAGAGCAAUGAUGCAUCAAAGAUAAAGUUUGACGUGGAGCUUUUUGUGGUACCAGCUGAUCGCAGACACAGCCAGCGCGUGGUUAUCCGGUGUGCAGCUGCUCUGUACACGAGUAAUAUAGUGGUGUCGCAGCGGUGUGUCAACUUUGGCGACUGCCAAGUCGGGCAGAGCAAGCGCUACACGCUGCAGAUCGAAAACCGCUCACCAUUGCCAGGGAAAAUUGUAAUGCAGUUGCGCAGCAAAAUUAUUCGAAUCGAAGGCGCAUCAAUCCCGCAGAAGCUUGCUGGUCGUGAGUUGAAGGAAGAGUUCUCUGUGGCACCGUCUGCAUCGCUCCCGAUAACAUUGCGCAUUACCCCGCAGCGUGUGAAUGCAAUGUACCGCAAGCAGCUGACAAUUAUCAAUGCGUCCAAUCCAGCCGAAGACCGACAGGUGAUCAAUAUCGAGGCAAAUAAUAUGGCACCGCUUGACGCGAAGCUGCAUGAUGAGCUGUAUUCGUGGAAAUGCGACCUUGGCAACAUUGAUAGCACUGAUAGUCGCAGAGGACCAUCGACGCUGUUGGCUAUUUCAGGCGUACCCCUGAUUGUUCCGUACAGUGUGCAGUCAAAGGCGGAUCACGAAGUGGUGCUUAAUCUGCGCUCCUCGUGCUCUGAGAUUGAGGUGUUCUACUCGUCCGAUGCAGUAGUGUGUGAGCAGCUAGGAAAGAUCGCGGCGGAAAUGCGCUCAUUUUGUGUCUACGGCGAGAGCGAGGAUGCCAGUCACCUGACAAAUGACUCAGCGGGGAGGCUUUUCGCAGCACGUGAGGAGCUGUUGCGACUCUUGAACGAAACAUCGCACAAUAUCACGAACCGCAUCACGUUGGAGCCAUCAAUGUCACUAAAGGUGUACGUGUUGAUUAUUCGGACCACUUCUCCGACGGAGCCACUGACAAAGGAGGAUGGUAUUUCGAUAGCGGUGGACGGAAUCGAGGCACCGCGGUUUGUCCGACUGUCUUAUCGACUUUGCGGCACUUCGUUCGAGUUGAAUGGGCAGAAGACGAAAAAUUUUGGCGAAGUUAAUAUUGGUGUGAAGAAGACGACAAAGCUGCCGAUUGUUAACCGUUGCAAUUCGUUCUUAUACCUUCAUCUGUCGAAGUCACGCUCUGUGACAGCCGAGCAUAUUCGCAUGGAAAAUAGCGACAAGCGGUCCAUUUUUCUCACGAUUCGUCCCUACGCGUCGCGCGAGAUUGAGCUGACGCUGUACCCCGGUAUCAAAGGUGUAUUUCAGGAGAAUAUACGCGUGUCAAACAUACUCAACAUAAAAAACACGAUUACCAUGACGCUCAAGGCAACUGUUACCAAGGCAGAUACGUUCGAAAUUAGCCCAGAUUCAUGGACGUUUGAGAUGAUGGUGCCUCCCUCGUCAAGCGUACCGGCGCUCAUGGCGUCGUCGCCUUCGUUGUGGAAGGCGGACGAAGCCGCUGCUGCAGCAAAUGCUCGCGUGGGCGCCAAGUUCACCGUGUCAAACACAAGUAACGGACGCCGGCAAAUCGUUGUUCGAUUGGAGCUGAAUAGCACUACCGCAGCGAACGGCGUGAGCGCCGCGAACCCCUAUCUGUCGUUUGCGGGUGUCAAGGUGGCGGUGCAGCUGGACAUGGGGCUGAGUGGGGCAGGGUCUGUCUCUACUCGCAAGCUGGAGGAGCAAAUCGAAAAGCUGGAGCAGAAGCUGAAGAUAUACGUGCGGAAAAAGAAGACGGAAAAGGCCGAAAAUGCAAUGCGCAAGAUCGAGGCAUACAGGCUGGCGUUGAAGGGCGAAGAGGUCGACUUAGCAGCUCUGGAAACAGCUCAGUCAACCAUGCAAGGCACCACUGAUCACGAGCUGUCGGAGAGCGAGGAUGACGGCAGCGCCGCAGCGCUGCAGGCGUGGAGGAGCAAAACGCAACAGGGUGACAUUGUGCAGUUGUUGCGCCGCGAAGGCGUCGCCUUGCCAUCAAUGGACAUCGGCGAGUCCGUCAUAAUCACCUUGUUUCUCGGAUGCAAGCGCGUGUUGGACGAGCCGAUCCCAAUGACACAGACCCAGACGAUCAAUAUGCUUUUCUACGAAGAGCGAGACCAGGAGGCGAAUCGAAUCAUUCCAAUCGACUUGAUUCUGAUAAGCACACCUGGCGAUGCCACGGGGCGGCAGCUGCUCGCUGCCCCAUUCGUCGCAGCAGCACCGCAGACGAUGUUGGCUUCUGCUUUAUCCGCGUCCGCUGUUGUCGCGCCGUCGGCGUCUCUGUCGCUGCCGUCUCCGUCGCACCGGGGAAGCGAGUUGUUGCAGUUAUCAACCGAGAACGCCGCGGCAGCCUCCGCGUCUGGCGGCGCCUUGCACAGUGGCAGCUCUCUUCCCGGUAGUAGCGGAACAGCUUCUCGCGCCGUGCAGAGUCGCCCACUUCCGCGCAUCCGUCUCAUCACAACGGGCUCCCAAACAGGCAACGUCGGUGGGCGCUUUCAUUCUACCUUUAUGGGUCAUCCUCUGCUUGUCUUGCACAACUGCAUCGUGAAUGAUCCGACAGAGUUCAGCUUUGUGGUGAAGGCGAGCGCGAAGACGACAAUUGUGGUGCUCGAGCCGCGGCGAUGCGGCGGUAGCAUUGCAGCGGUGCUGGACGCGCGCUUCAAACUCUUUCCUCGCAACGGUCACGUGCGCCAGCAGGAGCCGCUGCGCAUUGUCGUGGAGUGCACGGCGCGGAGUGUUGGCCCCCAAAAGUACUUCAUUCCUGUGAAAAACAUCUGUAACCCAGCUGACGUGCAGUACCUCACGGUCGAAAUGAAUCCGACGGAAGAGAUUGAGAUGCUGACCACCGAACCGAAGGAGCUGCUGUUCCGCGAUGUCAUUACACCGUGCGCGGUGUCGCAGCUGGAGGCACAGCUUGUGCUAAUCCGCUGCCGCUUUUCCUUUCCACAUGCCCUCGUCGUGCGCACCAAUAGGCCGUCACAGCUGGCUCUUUUCGAAGAUGCGUCCUGCACAGUGCCGCUGCUCCACCCGAUACGCCAUAUCUUUGUGAAGGAGACUGUGCGCGUGUACGUGCAACUCCGCCCUGGUGCCCGAUAUGUUGAUCCGUGCGCACGGCAGAUCCGCGCUGGUGUUCUCGUGGAGGCGGUGGCGCCGAACCCCGCCGUGUCGAGUGCCGCGUUCUGCGUGGUGGGCAAGGCGAUAGUGCGUGCAAUGGCGUGCGUUGGGAGCGGCCUUAUCGAGGUGCUUCAGGGAAACCUCGACCUGGGGUGCGUGGCGUCGACGCAGGACUUCGUCAAGACGCACUUCACGGUGCGCAACACCUCCCACACAUUUUCCUUGCGCGUUGCGCUCGUGCCAUCGUCGCCACUGCUGGAAGUUGCAGAGGAGACGUCCGCUGCUAACGAAAUCGCGUUGGGUCCUCUCCAAGAGCACAUGGUUCCCAUACUGGUACAUCUGCCAGCGCCUGGUCUCACACGCGAGUUCAUUGACGUGGUGAACCGCAGCAGUGCGCAGGAAAAGAUGCGGGUGUCGCUCUCUGCGCUGCGAAUGAACGACGGCAUCGUGCAGUUGGACCCGAGUAUCAACACACGGCUAGUUUUUCCCGUCGCCGCGGUGGUGCGAGGCGAGCAAGGGAAACAGCUGCAUCUACAUCAGCCUGUUUCCUACUCGGUGAAGCUGGCAAACUACCAUACUCACCGAGAGAUGGUGCUGGCAACGACCGCCGCCGUCCACGCGUCGUGUGAGCUACCGUUGUGGUUCCACACACCGGACGAGGAGUCAAAGGUGCGUGCCGCAUUUGAAGAAGAGCAGCGGCAGGCGCUGGAGGUGACGGACGAUGCGGCGACGCCAACGCCGGUGGCCGACCAGCCGCCGGCGAUGUACAUGAGGGGCCGUGUGGAGCUGAGGGCGAACCACACCCAGACCGUCACAUGGACGUUGACCAGCUUACCCAUGCUCACGUCAGCGGAGGUGACGGCGGUGCUGCAACAUCAGAUGGUGGCUAUCACGACGACAUUGCAGGUGUGUGUAACAUACACGGCGCACUCAGCACGCGCUGGCGCGGCGGCCGGUGGUUGGCAGGGCUACUCCUCCAGGGCGGCGCCGCAGGGAAGUCGUUAUCGAGGCCCAACGGUGGGUCAAUGCGUUUUGCUCGUCCCCAUCAUGCUGUCCCUCGCAAUGAGCGAGGGCAGGGCGGAGCCGGCGUUGGUGAACUUGGGGCUUGUGGGUAAGGCAACAUCGAUGCUGACCUCUCCCAUUUCUGUGGCCUCCUCCGUGUCGUCGACCGGCGAGGAGCACGACGCUGCAUUGGAGCAGGGAGACGAUGCCUUCGCCGGCGGCAGAGAAGAGGAGAUGGCCUUCGCGAUGCGUCAGCGGCGCCGCCGUCGUUCGCGCAUCUCGAAGCUGCAACGACUGCGAGACCACACCUUUAGCGCCUACGUCUCCAAGUCGGGCCUCCAGCAGCCGUCGAGCCACAACAUGGUCGUCUCGUUCCGGCUCAUGAACUUAUCCUCUGUUAUGCCGCUGCCGCUCAAGGUAGAGUGCCCGCCUGUGGUGCGCUUCUCUCAGACUCGCCUGACGAUCCCGCCAGGGGAGAGUGCCGUUGUGGAGGCGGCACUGAGCAUGAAGCUCAUCGCGACGCAAGGGACGUUCCGUUACGAGGCCUUCUUUGUGAAUGAAUGGAACCCAGAGAAUGACAUGGCGGUGUGCAUCACGGGGCAGCACUACUGGAAGGUCUUUCAGGUGCUGCGGGCUGACACGCAAGAGGAGGUGCACGAGUCGCUUACCUUGGCGCCGCUGCGCGUGGAGCCGUCACUUCGGGGGCCGCUUGCUGAGAUGAAGCUGACCUUUGUUGCGACGGAGCCGGACGUGGAGCUCGAUCUGCAUCUCCAGCCGAACCCCCAGCUGGACGGCCUACUUGAGCUUCUGUUGCUGCACUACGAUGCCACCUCAGUUGUGCGGCACCUAAAUUUCCGCACAGACGCCGUAGCACCACUUUCCUCGGGUACUACGAGCGCUGCAGGCGGGUCGGCAGCCAUCAGCGUCGGACAGGGAAACGCCAGCCCGGCCGCUGCCGCGCUGGCGAGCCACGCCACAAGCGGAGCUGCUACUCCAGGCAGCGGCAGUGCAAUCGCCGUGAUGGUAGCAGGAGCUGGGGCGGGGCUGGGCGGCGGGUCUGCCGCGUCUGGGUCGGCCAGCACAAGCGUUGGCUUGCCUGGCGGGGGCAUGCCUGUCAGCCUGCAGUCCGGGACCACGUCAGGAGUCGCGGCGACAGCGGCAGUGAUAGGAUUGUCAACGCUCGGUGCGACCAGCGCCACGUUGCCAGCCGACGAGUCUUGCGGUGCGGCUGCGACCAUCUUGGCCGGUACCGCAGGUGGCGCUCCCGCUGCUGUUACAGCCACGUCAGGCCCCGCUGGGUCUUCGUCUGGGAGCAGCGGAGUACUCAAAGCGGCGGGUUCAGUCGCGACCAAAACCAAGCCGCGCAAGAUGGGCACCAGCACUGCUCCAGGGACGGCUGCUUCAGCUAACAGUGGCGCAGGAGCUGCGACCACACGCUCACAGACACUGCGGCUUCGUUGUCUGCUGCGAGGUGCUGAUCUGACCUCGCUUGUCUCUCUCUUCUAUGGCCACCGUAAGGCGCGCACGGCUGGCGCUUCGGCACAGGUGACAGCCGCCACAGCUGCGAGAGGCACCGGUGCCGGCGCGGCGACCACAGGUCUGACCGCAGUGGCGAUGCCUGCCCCGGUGGACAUUACGGCAUUGGAGGCCCCAGGCGCGAGCAGCAGCACCAACACCGUUUCGUGGACGUACGACCGAAUUGCGGGGCUGGAACGGCGUAGCGCGUCUCUGGAGUCGAACAACGUGUGGCUUGGCACCUUUGUCAUGGAAAACCCGUUCACCGAGGCGGAGGAGGUGCAGGUGUACGGCAAGCUGGCACCAUUUCGCACCUUCUCAGCGCCGCCCAAGGUGAUGCUGCGGCCCUGCCGAGUAAGCGUAGAGUCGGUACCAUGUCCAGGUGCCAGCGCCACCGCGCCCCAGGCCUUUGCGAGCCGCAGCACACCUCAGGUGGGCUAUGUGGGUGAGAUCAGUAUUACGAACGAGUUUGACGUGUACGUAGCCGAGCUCUCGGUCGUGGUUCUUGUUCACGAGCACCUCGCUGUGCCUCUGUGCAUCGAUGUACGCGGAGGAUACCGCAAUGCGGUGGACACGACCUCACCUGGUUCAGUAGCCGGAGCGGCACCGUUUGUAUCUGAGGUGGUACGUGAGAACGAGGCGGCCACUGUGACGGACCUCGGCGCAGCAGCCAUCCUCGGCGCGACGCCGCGGCCAGGAGUGCCGGUAUCUACGUCUUUCCUGGCAGCACCCUCCGCAGACGGUGCGGCGCCGGUGUCGCUGCCUCACCGCAUUCACCUCGGCCCUUACGAAACCGUCGUGGUGACGGUGGUGAUUCGCCCAGCAGACGUGCGAGCGCUUGGGUUGAUCCCCAUGCCCCCGACGACGGCCGCCUCAAGCGCGCCACCGCUGUCUCUAUCGCUGCCUUCGCUGGAGCAGUUUGUGUCCGUAGCACUGGUGGACGAAAACGCCCCGUUCAGCUACGCUGUGAGCCGUGUGAGCGUCGUGACGCCAACGAGUGGGUCAGAGGCGCUGCCCAGCAUCGUACUCAGCUCCGUCAUCACCAGCGAUACGGCGACGGCGGCCACCAGCGUUGCUGCUGCGUCUGACGCGAGCACGAAGGACGAAGAGGCUGAAGGUCGCCGCUGCGCAACUCUUCCCCCAAUUGCGCAGCGGGACGACUCGACCGGGCAGCUGGUGACGACGUUGGCCACGCUGGUGGAUGAGAGACUGUCGACCGUACUGCCGACGCCGACAGUAUUGGAUGAGACACCCCAGUACGUCAGUCUUUCCAGUGGCAAGCAGGUGUCUAACCUGGUCCUCACCAGUGGUACUUCAGCAGCGGCGUCGGCGGCUGACGCAGGCAGCUCAGGUGCCGAGGUGCUGCCGCUGCGGGGUAGCACCUCAUGUGGCUCAGAAGACACGGCCGAUGGGCCAGUGCCUCUUGGCGGCAUCCUGACGACGCUGGCGCCGUCGCUUGCAGCCGCGACGCGUCAGUGGGUAUUGUCUCUUCGCAACUGCGAUGCGCUGCCCGGGUGCGGGGGGGCGUACCUCUUCAACUUCUCUGUUCCGCGCGAUGACCCGUAUGAGCCAAACAUCCUCAUCACAAACCACGCGCCAGACAGAGCGGUGCGGUACACGGCGCAGGUGAUCUCGCAGAGCCCGCAGGUGUGGCUGCUACUUACCUCAACGACGGGUGUACUGGAGGCAGGUGAGACGCAGCUGCUGCGGCUGCAGGUGCUGUCAUCCGAGGUCGGCUCUUUUAUUGGCUACGUGGCCAUCACCAACGCCUAUGAUGCCCGCGAGGUGGUAUACCUGCGCCUGAACGCAGAGGUGUUUGUGCCCGGAACUGCCGAAGGCUUCUUUGACGUUGUUGCCAUGAACAGUGGCCAUCGCCUCGCCACCACCAACGCGGGGCACACCGUGAACAUGGGUGCCUUGUACGGUGCCGGUACCAGCCGUGCGCUGAUCGCACUGGAGAUCGUGAACAAGGGCAGUGUGGCGCUGGAGUUCCCCGUGUCGGUGGUUCAUCCGAUGCGGCAGGAGCUGCGUCCCAUUCCCCAGAGAGCCUUGUACAGCACGGCAGCGGCAACAGCGUCCGGGCACCGUCGCAGAGACGCCGCCGCAGGCGUACUCUCUCAACGCACAAAGCUCUUCGACGGCAGCAGCACGACGUUACUUGCGUCGCCUCCCUCGUCUCGUGCUGGGCUGGAUCAGCAAGCUGACCCCACUGCAGUCGGUGCUGCCACCGACACACUAGCAGCAGCGCAGAAGGGUGCCAUUGAUGGUGCUGUGCUCACCACCGCCGGGGGUGCGGAGGCGUUGCUCACAACACAGCCCUUUGUUCUAGAGAAGACGCUUCCAUCGCCUCACCACACUCGUCGUCACUAUCACCGCAGGGGAGUGCGCGCCGGGAGUGGCGUGGCGGCUGCGCCGACGUCUACCUCUUUGUCUUCGACUGUCAACACCUCUGCCGCCCCGUUUGAGGGUAAGCUGAUUGUGUGUCAGAUCCACGGCGUCCCCACACGCACAGGCCAGAGGUACUUUGUUGUAGACCCGCGCUCUCGCAUGCGUCUGGCAUUUGUUCUCAGCUGCAAUGCACUCUACGACAUCCCGGAGGGGUACGGGGUGUUUGGCCAGACAGAUGUGGUGUUUCGCUGCAAGCAGGCCCGUGACGCGCGGUUCAGCUUCAACGUGAAUUUUGAAGCGCACAGACCCACGUUUGCAGUGGCGCACGAGUACGACAUGGACGCGGCGGAGAGGGCUGUUGCAAGCGCAGCUGCAGGGGCCGCGCUGAAGUCGGAGGCGGUCGGGAGUUCUGCGACCGCAUCGGGGCCCUUUGACGGCGACGCGUCCUCCAAAGCGUCUGCUGCCCCAUCUCUGGCAUCUCCGCCACCGGCCUCGACGGCGACGUCGCGCUGGGCAGAGGUGGAGGUGUCCGUGAUGAAUCUGAGUCGUAAUCACGCGCAGGUGUUCGUGUUGUACACACAAUCAGAGGUGCUCUCUCUGUCAGUCCCCGGUGCCGGGCCAUUGGCGCACAGUGGGUGCGCUGGCAGCGCUCUUCUUCCGCCGCUUCCUGGUGCUGCCGCGGAGGAUGACGGGUACUCCGUUGUUGCUGCUGCAGGGAAUAGUGGUGGCCUUGCCUUCGCGCCUUCAGGGGUGGAGCUGACAGUGGGCCCGCAGUCCGCUGGUAUCUUCGCUGUUCGUCUCGAUCGACUGCGUGCAGAGGCGCUGCUGAAGUUCGACAAGGACGAGUCCAUGCUGGCCCGCCCCGCGCUGUGCGAGCACGCGUUCCUCUACAACAAGGGCAAUCCUCGCGAGCGGGUGCAACUGCUGUUUCGGCAGCAGGCACUGCUGGCUCACCCACGGCGCCAGGGUCGCUCAGCCGCCGCGGCAUCCUCGGCAGUCGCGCCUUUACCAUCGACGCUGACAGAUGCGAAGCCGGUGAAGAGCGACGGCCAGCACUUCAGCGAGCGCCACAUUUUAGGAUUUGCGCAACGCUUCUCGGCAGUCAUGACGUCGCUGGCGGAUCGUGUGCCGUUCCUGACGCAGCCAGAGAGCGUGGUGGAUGCGGUGAGGUCGCACAAGGGUGUGACAAACAGCCACAGCAUAGGCACGAGUGGUGGAGGCGGUGGCAGCGGCGUAGCAAGCAUCAUCGGGGGAGAAGGAGCAGAUAGUGUGGCCAGCGUCACGAGUGCUGGGGCGGCCGCAAUACGAGUUUCUGCCGGUACCGCAGCGUCCACAGUGGGUGGCAUCCCCGGCAGUGUUGUCUCCUCGGCUUUCAACACAGCGCAUCGUUCCACCGGCAGGCACCAACGUGGGCGCCGAGCCAGAGACAGCGGCCGUGUUGCACAUCGCGGCAACACCCACCGCUCCGGGCAGCGUGACUCUUUCCGCGACGACACGUCCGAUGACGGCACUGCGAGCAGUAGCAGUGGUACCACCUCCACUACAAGCACGAGCUCCAACGAUGUGGACAGCAUCGAUGACGUCGCGAGCGAGAUUGCGGAGGUGGCGGCCGAUCGCAUGUUGGAGAGUAUGCUCAUGGAGGACAAUUUCGACCAGCCGUCGCGCGAUGGCUGCAACGAUGCUAACGACAUCGCAUUAGGGGAGGUAAUCAGGGAGAGCAGCGAGAGCAUUGUGGCCGGGUGCACCACAGACGUUCAUAGCAGCAGUGACGGGGCGCCUGGUGGUCUUACUCCCUACGUGCCAUUGAGCUCCUCCUCCCACCCACGCACGCGGGGCAGUGCUCCCUCUACCGGCACGGUUGUCGCGUCGUGCCUCCCCUCCUCGCUGCCUUCAGGGACAUCAGUGGCGCACUCGAACAGCGGUGGCAGCCAUCUAAGCAACGAGGACUCCCACUGGUACGACACCCUCAUCACUUUGCAGGACCUGUUGGUAGAGUUGACGUGGCUGUGCGAUGAACUUCUCUUCUACGCGAUUCUGCUCCGCAACUCUCGGCAUGUGGAGGCAUCGGGGGCGUUUCUCGUCUCAGCCGUUGCGCAGCAUCCUGUGAUGGUGGCGUGGCGUCGGCACCGCGGCAGCUCCAGCCACGCUCGCAAGUAUGGCAUCUUCGGCCAGUUCCUUGAAACCCUCGACGCCCUCCCGCGUCUCUCCUCCAGCUUUUCCCCUUCUGCUCCCUAA